AUGCGGUGGAAACCCCAGAUUUCUGCUUCACUUCAAGUCCAGACCCCAGAUUUCUGCUUCACUUCAAGUCCAGAUAUGGAGAUAUUUCUGCUCGGAGGUCCGUGGGGAUGUCGGAUCCGGCGAAGGCGUAGGAGGAGGGAGACGGCGAUGGCGACGACCGUUUGCCAAUUUGAAAAUUGGCUUGAGAAACUCGCCAAAGAUGGCUACCUCUAUCGAUCUGAUUUUGGGCAAUGCAUAGGAAUGAGAGAUUCGAAGGAAUUUGCGUUGGAAUUGUUCGAUGCGUUGAGUAGAAGGAGACGGCUGAAAGUGGACAAAAUCAGUAAGGAGGAGCUUUACAAAUCCUGGUCGCAGAUUUCAGAUCAAAGUUUUGAUUCCAGGCUUCAGAUUUUCUUCUACAUGACUCCUACUAUAUCUGAGCAAUUCGUCCACACUUUGUGUUGCUACAGGGUUGUGUCGUUUAAUAAAACCGUUUUCAACAUUACGGUGCCGAACAGGCCCCACCAUGGGUCCAGCGGGUCAGACAUCACGAUGUCGAGCUCAGAGAGCGCAUCACGAGACAAUUUUGAUGACGUACAAACACAAGACACAUGUCGUGGAUUCAACAUACCUGUUACAGUGAAGUUGGCGGAGAAAUCGGCCAUAAGGAGGAAUUUGGGACUAUUAAUUAGUUUUUUGGAUGGUUUCGAGGUCGACACGUUGGAGAAGCACAAGUCGGCGGCCGAGUCGUGCGACCGGUCGAUUUUGGUGUGGGGGAAUAAGGGGGCGUCGGGGGCCCACCAUACGGCGGUGGUAGGGGCGUUGACAGGGCACGCGGGGCCCGUGAUGUGUCUGGCUUUCGUUUGGGAUGUGUUGAUGAGCGGGUCGGGAGACGGGAUGGUGAGGAUGUAG